GCACUGGUGUAUCAAGGGGAAGACGAGACCACCAAUUCGUCUCCCCAGUGAUGGACUUCGACGACAUGAACAGCUUGCAAAUCGAGGAUUUAGGUCGGUUCCUCAGCGAGCACAUGGCAACAGAGCCCGGGGCGGAAGACUGGAAAGGAUUCUCGUUGGGGUACGCUGAUGAGGAGGGCUCCAGUCCGCAAGCGGUGUCGUCAAGUCGUCCAUCGACGACCCAAACACCAUUCCACAGCAGUCUCAUGUCCAGUAGCCUGCCGAACUCCCCGUUCCCCAGCGUAUUGCCACUACUCACUCGUCAAGCCCUUGAUUCCGCCAUGUCCGAGUUCAAUGACUUCAGCCUCGAAGAGAAAGCUGUCAAACCUCCUGCGGCCAUGCGUCCCACCAUCCAGGUUGCGUCGGAAAUAUCGCCGCCGCCGCCCGUCCAAUCAUGGACUCAACCACAAAAGCCAGUACUGCAGCACCCGCCGGUAGCCACAAUCCCACCACCAUCAUCCACGAGCACACCGUCGGGCAUGAAAAGGCCGUUUGGGGUUAUGCAGUCAUGCGACAGCUCUAGCUGUGGCACCAUCGGGGGUUCCAUCGAGGGCGGUGGAUUCGACGACGAAGACGACCGCGGGUACCGCAAAAAAUCACGGGAGAAAAUGCGAAGGCAAGAAGUCAAUAUCAAGUUUGACGAACUGACGAUGCUGCUGGGCAUGAACGACAAGGUGCGGAAAAGCGCGGUGCUGCAGGAAGCCAUCACGUCCAUCAAACUCCUGACACGAGAGCGCGACGAACUGCGCCUCGAUCGGGAUCGUAUGAAGCAAGAAGUGAGCAAGCUCGCGUCGUGCCUCCAGUUUUCGCACAUGGGGUCCAUGGUGGCGGCCAACGCCAUGGCUAUGACCCAGAUGCCCAACCCUGGGGGUGUACCUCCGACUGGCCCGACGGUACUUGGUCUCUUCAGCACGUCAUGAGUGAUGUGAUUGUUUGUGCUGUGGUGGUAGGGGGGGGGUCAUUUCCCUAUGCCCAAUGGCUUUGGCAUGAACUUCAAUCCAUACAUGCAAAGCGCUGUGCCCCAACACAUGAUGCCGUCGCCGCCGCUGCCUCAGUCGCUGUGUCCACCCAUUGCCCCCAAGAUCGAAACCAAACCCAAGUCCGGAUAACUUUAACCGUCGUGCGACAUCGACAUAGAUUUAUAAAGCCGACGGACGCCCACAGGCGAGUCGACACGUGCCAAUGACCUCGGUCGACCGGCCACAUGGAAAGCACACGAGUCGGGGUGACAACACAUAUAAAAGUCACGGGAACGAUUGAAUAUAACGAACUGAGCUCGAUAUCACC